AACACCCAGGACCUCGAAACCAUAUCAGAUAUACAGCCCGAAUCGAGAAUCAUGGCCGACAUUGAUAGGAAACGCAAGUGGGAUGACGAGCCCGAGCAGAAACCCACGCUCGACGCGGCAGCUCAAGCAGCCGCCGUCGCAGCCAGGAUCGCUUCCAUGCAUGGGGCCGGCUCCGGCUCUGGUUCUCCUUCCACUGCGGUCAAGGAGGAAAAGAAGGACCUGUACGACGGAGCGUUUACGCACAACAUCGAUAUCAACGAUCUCAGGAAUCGGUACUUGAUCACCAAAGGGUCUACGCAGCAGGAGAUCGCCACAGAGACCGGAGCAUCGAUCACAACCAAAGGCGUGUGGCUCCCGGACCGUUCCAAAGCCGCCCCGAAUGAAGAACCUCUCUACCUACAUAUCGCUGCUCCCUCCCAAACAGUCUUGGACACUGCCAUCAAACGCGUCAACGAGCUCAUCGAUGCCGACCUCGGUCCGUUGGUCGAGGAUAGGAGCCGGUUUGCGAAGAAUAGGGAGAGGUACUUUGAAGAAGGGCGACAGGGUGGGGAGAGGAAAAAGUGGCCAGAGGAAAAGUUGCCGAUUGGGCUGGAGAGCAUGAGGAACUUCAACGUUAGGGCCAAAGUGGUCGGUCCCGGUGGAAUGUUUGUGAAAUACAUUCAAGCCGAAACGGGUACCCGAGUGCAGAUCAAAGGUCUCGGAUCUGGGUUCAUCGAGAACGAUACGGGGAGGGAGGCCGAGGAGCCUAUGCAUGUGUUCAUCAGUGGCCCUGACGAGCGCCAACUAGUCGCCGCCAAAGAACUCGCCGAAGAUCUGCUCACGGUGGUCAGGGAAGAACACGCCAAGGCGAUCGCGAACAUGCAGAUGAAUAUGGGUAUGGGCGGAGGGUACGGUGGGCAUCACGGCGGUGGUGGGUAUCAACAUCAACAGGGUGGUGCUGGAGGCUACCAACAGCAAGGACAGGGAGGGUAUGGAGGCUACGCUGGAUAUCAGCAGCAACAGCAACCGCCUUUGCCCGGAGCGACCCCGAAUGGGGCUGAACAAGCUCAGGGAACGCCAGGAGUACCUGUUAUGGUCGAUGGGAUGCCGGACAAGACGGAUACGAGCGGGACUUAUGAAGCUUGGAAGGGGUAUUGGGCCCAAAUGGGGUACGACGUGGAAGAUACUGCUUUCCGCACAUGGCUCAAGGGGCAUAUGGCGGCGGGGAACGAUAUUUACGGACAGCCGCCCGCUGGGGCCGCCGCUGCUACUGCUGCUGCUGCAGGUGGAGCGACGGGAGGUUCGGCUUCGUAGGCGGUGUGACGUGGUCUGUUGUCAAGUGGACAGGCUUGUAUGUACCAUUACCAUGUGUUGUUGCGAUGAAGAUCGAUCCGUCGCAUUGUCGAGGUUGCCGUAGCUUAGGGGGGGUGCGGAAGCAAAUUGUGAACGAUGUCGGUGACGAACCACCACCCCUGAGCCACCACGCAGUGAGUACUGCUCGUGCAGGUACUUGUCGGAAC